ACUAGAAAAUCAUUUGCAAAUUCUAGUCCCGAGGCGUGUUCUAAAGCAAUAACAUAGAAAGAAUGAAAUGGCAUUUGGAUUGCGUGGUAUUGUUCAUGGUAAGAAGGCUCUUCGUCGGACACUUUCCGGCCUUAAAGAAGCAGCUCUGAAGUCUACAACCGUCCCGAAAGGCUACUUUGUGGUGUAUGUUGGAGAGCACGAGAAGAAGCGGCAUGUUGUACCCUUGUCGUACCUGAACGAGCCUGCAUUUCGAGAACUGCUAAGUAGGGCAGAGGAAGAGUUCGGAUACGAGCAUCCGAUGGGUGGACUCACAAUUCCCUGCAGCGAAGACAUCGUCAUUCAUCUCACUUGUCAGCUGUCUACAUUUAGAAGCCGUGUGAUGGGUUUUCAUUUUCCCCAAGCACUUAACGCUAAGAAACUUCUUCAGAGGUCCCUCUCAAAUGCAAGCCAAGCAGGCUCACCGGUACCCGAUGUCCCUAAAGGCUAUUUAGCAGUCUAUGUUGGUGAUGAUGAGAGCAAAAUGACGAGGUUUGUCAUCCCUUUAUCACAUCUCAACCAGCCUAUAUUCCAAGAGUUGCUAAGUCAAUUAGAAGAAGAAUUUGGAUUUGAUCAUCCAAUGGGAGGCCUUACUAUUCCCUGCAGAGAAGAUGCCUUCAUAAAUCUCAUUGCUCGCUUGAACGCCUUGUGA